GACGAGAUUCUGCGCGCGAUACAUGCCUACUACACGUGCCCGUGCUCUUAAAUACAGGAAUGCGCGUCCCUGGCAUGAUCAGCGCCCUCACCAUUCGACGUACCUCUUUGCUCCCCUGCCAUCCCCGCCCGUCAUCGUUCGCAUCGCUUGCCUGUUUUCAAUCAUCUGCUACCUUCAUAUGGGAGUAGUCGAAUCUGUCAUCGCCGUCGCGACAGACCUCAUCGGUGCUGUCGUCGGCUUGAUCGAAGGUCUCCGGUCCGACUCGUCUUCCGGUUCCAUCGCGCGCAAUCCCGUGACGGAGGAGUUAGAAGAGCGCAUCCGAGAAGAACAGAGAAAGAGGGAGCAAGCUGAGGCGGAGAAGUGGCGUGCGGAGGAAGAAAAGCGACAGGCAGAGGAACAGCGCAGGAAGGCCGAGAACGAGGCCCGUGAGCGAGAAGCAGAGCGGCGGCGGGCAGAGGAGGCUCAACACAGGGCUGAAGAGGAUGCUCGGAGGGCCGAGGAGGAGAAACGGAGGGCGGAAGAGGCGAGGCAGUGGGCGGAGACUCAACAACGAGAUGCUGAGGAGAGACGCAGACAGACCGAAGAAGAAGCCAGGAAGACGGAGGAAGAGUGCAAUAAUGCUGAGGAGGGCCAGCGGAGGGCGGAGCAUGAGAAGUGGCUGGCCGAUGAGGCCAGGAGGAAGGCCGAAGAGGAUACCAGGCGUGCCGAAGAAGGACAGCGUAAAGCGGAAGAGGAAAAGAGAUGCGCUGAAGAAGAACGUAGGAAUGCUGAGGAAGAGAGGAAGAGGGCGGAGGAAGCUAGGGCUGCAGCAGACAAGGUGGCCCAGGAGGCAAGGGAGCAGCUCGAGGAGGUGCAGCGAAACGUCCGGAAGGGGAUCAAGCCCGUCCUCAUUCCGACAAUGGAGGAGUAUAACGCAACCAAGAAGCGUCUGCAGUAUCAAGAGGGCUUAUUCCACUUCGCGGUCGCUGGAAUUGCCGGCAGCGGCAAAUCCUCACUCAUCAACGCAUUCCGCGGCUUGAGAAACAAACAUCGUGGCGCCGGCGCCGCACCCACAGGCGUUACCGAGACCACGAGUGUUAUCACUCGUUACCCCGACCCCGACUCUCGGAACCCGUUUGUGUGGUAUGAUGUUCCGGGCGCUGGUACCUUGAAAAUCCCCGACUUCGUGUACUUCAACGCUCAGGGAUUGUACGUUUUUGAUUGCAUCAUUGUGCUUUUCGACGCCCGGUUCACCGACACGGACAUCGCGAUCCUUCGCAAUUGCGAGCGUUUCAAUAUUCCAGCUUACAUCGUACGCUCCAAGUCCCUCCAGCACAUUCGCAAUGUCAUGGAGGACUUGGAGUGGGACGAUGAGGAGGAGGAGGAUGAGACCCUGGACGAUGAGGAAGUGGAGGGGAAGACCCUGGGCUCGGAGGCAGCCAAAUGGGCGCGCGCGCGGGAGCAGUACGACCUCGAGACCCGCAAGAGCGUCCUGCGGAACCUUGAACAAGCAAAGUUGCCCCCGCAGAGGGUCUAUCUCGUGGACAAGGAGACGAUGGCGCAAGUAAUCAAGGGCCGUCAGCCUCCGAAGGCCAUCGACGAGUGGAUUCUACUCAGGGAUCUUCUCGCCGAGGCCCGUCUCCGCCGUUCCCGCUCUGUUGUUGCCCGAGGUUGACACGGUACGUCUUACGCUAUGAACUCUGUAUAAGGCCAUUUCCUGCAUUUUUGCGGUUCCGGGUAUGUGCCAAUCUGCUAUAUGUUUCUCAUCAAAGUUUGUAUGCUUUUUCAUGCAUGAUGUAUACUUGUCCUGACUUUCAUGAUCGUGUACACGCAUCCUGCAUUGCGUGAUGUUUGUCUGCGCUCGCGCUCGUCAAUAUAUCUUGCUCGAUAUGUACGCU